AUGAGGAAUAAAAGGCAUCAGAUCAUCCAUCAGACUACUGAACCAUUAGAUGCUUUAUGUACAAAUAAAGACAGAUCUAGAAUUGCAAUUACUGGAAGGACAGGUUUAAAUAUAUUUUUUGUUAUUUUAAAAAGAUUUUUAGUUGUAAAAGUUUUUUCUUCGAGUGAUGGGAAGUUUGAAUUAAUAGCUGAAAGAAACAAGCCGAGAAAGACUAUGUACUUUUCGGGCAGCAUUGCUUGGUGUCCUUUAAGAGUGGAGUGCUCCUACAAGGCACACAAACAACUUGUCACUAAAGUUUGUUUCAGUGAAUUCAAUGAGAAUAUUCUUGUUAGCGGAUCAAAAGAUUCUACUGUUUGGUUGUAUGAUUUGAGAUGUGCUGAACCAAGCUUAUACAUUCAAUUCUGCAUGGAAAGCAAAUUGCAAGAUACAUUUGUUACUGCUGGGGACAGUGGUACUAUUCGCUUUUGGGAUGCACGACGGCCAGAUAAACCUUCAAAAGAAUUUAUUGCGCACAGUUCACAGAUUUACAGUAUAGCGUUAAAUCCACAAAUCCAAUCGAAAAAUCUUAUUGCUACAGCUGGUCGUGAUAAAUAUAUUCGUAUUUGGGAUUGGUCUAAAAAUAUGCCGCAGUUUCUUUAUACUGUGGAAAUGAUGGCAAUUGUAACUCGUGUUUCUUGGUGUCCGGACAACUCUUGGCAUGUAGCUUGUUGUUUUGCACCUCCAAGUGGUUUUGUUUCUUCAGACAAUACUAUCUAUGUUUGGGAUAUUCGUCGACCAUUUAUUCCUUUUGCAUCCUUUGAUGCACAUACAAAAACAUGCACUGAUAUGUCAUGGCCAAAAUAUGGAACAGGUGGAACAUUUCUUUCUUGUGGAAAGGAUGGCAAAUUGAUCAUUAACUUCACGAAUGCGCCCCUUAGACCUUUUAUUUAUGCAAAUAAUGUUGCACUAGAUACAAACACUUCGUCAACUGAUGAAUUCAUUGUCGCUGUCCCAUCUUCUCGUCGAAAAGGCAGCCCUUUGCUUAUGGAUCACUUUGAUUCUUUUCGUCGUCGAUCUCCAAGUAUGAUUUUCUCUAUAUCACCAUCUGAUCCUCUUCUAAUGCCUGUCAAAGCUCUGUCAUAUUUUGCUUCAAAGUUUUUUAUAUUUCAAAGCAAAUCUAUCUUUAUUUAG